AUGGUGAUAGAAGAUGCGCAAGAAGAGGAAUUGUUGGCUUUUGCUGACUCCGAUGACAUGCCAAAUGAUAUAAAAACACCAGAAACAUCAAUUUUGAAGACCUUGGUCAACACGCAACCUCUGGACGGAACCGCAUACGUUGCCCCGUACGUACCCGCAUCAGAACCAGCUAUUCAGCAGAGUCUGCUAUUGGUUGCAAUACAAUCAGACGAUGUUUUGAUGGAUUUAGGUUGUGGAGAUGGACGUAUACUUUUUCAAGCUCUAGACAGCUCCACACCUCCAAAACACUGUAUCGGCAUCGAAAUGGAUCCAUAUCUCGCAGAGCACAUCGAAAGGACACUCCUCUCAUAUGAGAAAGCAGCACACUUCACGUUUAUACAAGGGGACAUGUUUGCUGUAGACUUGGCUGGCUUGAACGUGUCUGUCGCUAUUCUGUAUCUCCUGCCCAUCGGGCUUGGAAAACUUGAUCCAUUGCUUGCAUCGUGGUUACGUGCAGUAAAGGGCAGUCGCGUCGUGACAAUCACGUAUCAAAUACCUGGCUGGGAAGCUGUGAAGAGUUGUGCUGUUGAAAAUCCGGCACAGAGGCUUGAGCAGCGUCUAUUCUAUUACGAUGCGACCUCAAUACCGUGA